AUUUUUCGUCACCAUCGUCAGCGCAAUCUGUCAGUUAUUGUGUCGGGAUCUUAAAUUUAUUGCGUUUUGUGUUGAAAUAUAGACACAAAUAUUUCCAUUGUGCUACAUAAUAUUUAUUUUGCUAAAGUGGCGUAUUAAAAUCGCAACCAAUGCCGCAAUUCGAAGAUAAUCCCUUUAGUGAUCCCACCAUAGACAAUCCGUUUUCUGAUCCAUCGGUGCAGCAAGUGGCAAGAAGUACAACAAAUGCGACCCGUGGCUUGGACGACUACAACCCCUUUGACGGACAACAAAAUGCAAAUCAGGCUACGGUACAACAGCCCACACAGCCUGCAAUAAUGCAGGCUGUGUCACCACCCGCUGGCCAGUACACACGACCGGCACAACCACAGCAAUCACAAGCUCCACCACAGAAUUUCACUACUGCUGACUUUCAAGAGUUAAAGCGGAGGCAAGAGGAACUGGAACGGAAAGCGGAGGAACUUGCUAGACGGGAGGCUGAACUCCGCGCAGGUUCCGCUGGUAGGAGGAACAAUUGGCCGCCUUUGCCCGCCUUCUGUCCCGUCCAGCCUUGCUUUUAUCAAGACAUCAACGUUGACAUACCUCUAGAGUUCCAGAGGAUUGUUCGUCAUUUAUACCAUUUAUGGAUGUUCCAUGCGUUGGUGUUGGCUCUGAACAUUAUCGGAGCAAUGUCAUUGAUGAUAGCCGGUCAAGGUUUUACGAUAUUUGGCCUGUCCAUCCUCUACUUCGUGCUGCUGACUCCAUUCAGCUUCAUCUGCUGGUACCGACCUAUAUACAAGGCGUUUAGAAGCGACUCCUCUUUCAAUUUUAUGGUCUUCUUCUUUAUAUUCCUGUUCCAAAUUAUUAUAACGACGGUGCAGUCGAUUGGAUUCAGCGGUGGAGGCUCGUGUGGACUCAUCACUAGUAUAUCUGCGUUCGAGGUGAAUGUGGGCGUAGGCAUCAUCACCUUGCUCGUCACCAUCGGCUUCAUCACCUCGGUAGUUGCUGACGUCAUGCUUAUGGCAAAGGUACAUCGUAUCUACAGAUCUACUGGUGCGUCUCUCGCUAAAGCACAGGCGGAGUUCACUACGGAGAUCUUCCGCAACCAGCACGUGCAGACUGCAGCAUCCAGUGCUGCAGCUGCAGCAGUCAAUGCGCAGAUCGCCAACGCCAAUUCUAACAGAUACUGAACAUUACGAGAUACAAUUGGACUUUAACAGCAUUUAUCACUUUUGAAAAGUACAUAACGUUAAUAAUAUAAUGUAUAGAGAUUCAUAUUUAUCUUAAUGAAGUGCUCUUUCUUAUUUUAAUCACAUUUAACAAUUAUUUCAUUGUAGUAUUUAAUAUUUAACAACUAUGUACUUGUUUAAACUGAAUUGAUGUGAUGUAUUUCAAAGUGUACGAACCUCCAUAUUGUGACGUCACAGUUCUUAAAUAUAUAACAUAAAAGAAUCAUUAUAACACAAAUAA